AGAGGUAAGAAACACGUGCCAGCAACGCAAGGUGCCACAGCCGACAUAUUUGUGUGUAAUAUCUCGAGCCUUCCAUAACCCGAAAAUUCACAGCAUUCAACAACUCCUUCCUCCUCCACUUUAUCCCACCAAAAAACAAAACAAAACAAAAAAAAGAUAAGAAAAAACACAGUGGAACACCAACCAACGCUUAGACCCUUCUCUCCCCCAAAUCGGCAGCAAAGCAACAUGGUCCUAGUGAUUCCAUCAGACACAAUCAUAUCCCGGCCUUCGUGGGGGGCGACGUUCAAGAUCAGCUCCCCCAUGGCGGAACCCACUACCCCGGGAGGCUCCUCGGUCGCGGUCUGGGGCGUCGUCAUACCCAUCAUGUUCUUCUUCGAUUCUCUCUUCAGCGCCAGGGACGAAGACGCAGACGGCGGCCUCAGCUUAAACAGUCUUCUGCGAGAAUGGUCGCUGAAUGAUGAGGACCACGACGACUAUUUCGACGACGACGACGACGACGAGGAAGACGACCCAUGGGCGUGGGAGGACCAGCAGGCGUGGGCGCUGUCGUGGGUGGAGGAGGUACUCUCGUGGCAAGGGUUGGACGGGCGUGCGUGUGUCCAGAGGUUCAUUUGCGAGCUGCAGCACAGGACGAUUCACAAGUACAGCGUCUUGGGCGAGACCAUGUCCCUGCUCUUCCGAAUGGCCAACGGCUCGUCAACCAACAGCGUAAUUUCACCUUAUUUAGAAGCCGAAGAAAAAGGUCAGAGCGUCAGUAACUGGACAGAAUGCGGUCUCCUGUUUCCCGCCUGCCCCACGUCGCCAUUCAAACUUUUUGGCGGGAAAUUGAACAUGACCGUGACUGAAUAGUGACGGACGUAUUUUGAAUUAGUUUAUUUAUAUUUAUUGAUGUUAUGCUCAGGAUGAAUUUGUUUAUUUAUAUUCUAAUUUAAUAAAUCACGUUGGAUAUUGCAUACUCUUUUUUGUGUUAUGUUUGUGCCUUCGUAUGUAUGACCUC